AUGUCACUGCUACCCGAGUCACCCUUCCUGGAAUUCUCGCCUAGGAAUAAGCCAGCCAUUGAGCCGCUUCCUGACCUGAGUGCUUCGGAUGUCACGAGCCGCAAACUUGUCUGCCAGCUGUUCGAAGAAAUCAUCUUCGUCGAGUUGGCUAGGGCAGGCUAUGUAGCGCAUUACAAACGCGGAAUGCUCGACAGUGGAAUGCUCUUCAAUCUAAAGAUAGUAGAUGCGCUACGGCACCGACAACGCGCAUGGAGAAGCAUGACAUUGACAAGGACCAUGUCGCUUGUUUUUAGGCCAGACCGGGACCCCAAGAUGUUCGCAUUCCGAGGUGGUGUUUUAGCCAUUGGCUACGUAGGCGAACCGACACAAACAUUCGAUGCACCUGCCAUGUUAUAUGGUGGCGUUUUCUUUAGCGAAGUCGAUAUUUACAACACGCGCUCGAAGAAUGUGGCGAACCAGCACCGUCGUUAUAAGCUGCCUUGGAUCUGCACUGGACUCGAAUUAGAUCCCGCGCAAGACCUCCUGGUGGUGUGGCACAGUCUCAAACCGCUCCAUUGGCAGUCAGGGUCGAGGGUCUGUGAAGAACGAGACAAAAUUCGGGAGAAAUAUGGAUCGACAUUCGCCUUCUUAUCUCUAUCUAAUGCCACUCAAGGAUUUGCCGGGCGAGCGCACUAUGACGAGUAUGGAGUCAAGAUCUCGGGUGACCACAUUACCCUGAUUGAUAGAUACACAAGUUGGGGUGACACUAUUGUUUGCAACUGGAAAGAUAUGAAGAGCCCUGUGUAUAAAGUUGGCUAUAAUCGCGACUGCAUGCUGAAUAACGUCUGCCUCCUCAAACCGCGCGAUACAUACUACAAGCAACCUGCGGGUGGUGGAUCUGCAUCUUUUGAUGUAUUUGCGAAGUCCGGAAAUGUGAACCAUCUGGUUGCAAACUUUGAGCUGCCAAUGCUCCGCUCUCACGUCAAAUGCAAGAUAAGCCAAUGUGACACAUUCCGUACAAAUGACACCGCGAUACAUUCCUUUGAGGACGCACCACCUAUCCUGCUAUCAACAUCUCCGACACCAUCUAUGCUACAAUUACGGCUCGUUCUCUACCAUAACUCCCCUCACAAUCCAGUCAUGCUCACCGAAUACAUGGUCUUUGUCUACACAAAGCCAUUCCUGCAUGCUGUCUCGAACUUCGUCUCUGGCAAACAGGCUACUCGCGAAGUCGACACUAUUCCCUGGAAGCAGUGGGGCCCGAGCUCGUCUUUCUGGUUCAAGCAUGGCAGUUCUGUCGAGGACUUGUUCCACGAAGAAGCAAAUAAAGACGGAGAAGAAAGAUACCACAAAUGGAAGAAUGCGUGCUACGGAUUUCGAGUGCUCUUGCCUUCGGUGAUGCUAGAUUUCACUCCACUGGAUGCGGAUGAAAGGGAAGAUCGCCGACUGCAUGGACAUAAUGACAUACGCACCGGCACAGACAUUGACAAGCAAGACAAUUGGUUCAAAAGCGCAGCAUGCACGACAGCUGCCUAUCGCCAGACCAAAAUCAAAGGCACGCCGUUGGGAAAGAAAUAUACGUGGUACAUACUUGAUGAGGACAUUCUGGCUAUCAGUAGCUAUGGCUUCCUAUCCAUGUUUUUCUAUUGCAGAGCGUAG